AUGUCUAGGAUUUCUAAUAUGCUUGUUCUAAGAACUGUUCAGGAAGCAUUAGGUGAGCCGAGUUGGAGAUUAGCUGUGAUGGAAGAAAUAAAUGCUCUUAAGAGAAAUAACACUUGGACAGUCAUUGAUCUACCUAAAGACAAAAAGACAGUUGGGUGCAAAUGGGUGUUCACAGUGAAGUUUAAUGCUGAUGGAAGUGUGGAGAGAUACAAAACAAGACUAGUAGCAAAAGGAUUUACUCAAACUCAUGAUGACAUAAUCAUGACAGGGGAUGAUUCUCUGGAGAUUAGCAACUUGAAGAGGAAACUUGAAGCCGAAUUUGAUAUUAAGGACUUGGGAAAGCUGAAAUAUUUCAUUUCCUCAAGCUGA